CCGGGGGCGGGAGGCCGGCCCGGGACGGCGCUAAAUUGGCCGGAGGGGCCUGUCGGCGGCGAAGUUGCUAGCUGGGGGCAGAGACGGCCACGCGGUUGCAGGAGUAAGAGAUCCCCCUGUGGCGAGUGCGUGAGACGAGGAGUCCGGCGUCCCUGCCAUCCCCGUCGCCCUCCCCGCCUGACCGGCCCGCUAGCUGCUCUCCUGGCCUCCGCGUGUCCCCUCACUCUCACCCCCGCUGCUCCCCGAUUGGCCAACGGCUCCUUUCAACCCUGCCUCGUUGGUGGCCACUGGAGAAGCGCGGGGGGCUCCCCAGACAGCCGUGGGGACAAGUUAGAGCCAGCACUUGACCCCGGGCCUCGCGUGUAGCUUCCCUUCCCCUGCUCUCGGUCCCCCGGUGUUCGGAGGGGAGUGCGGGUGCGGGGGUGUGCCCUCUGUCCAUGUCCCAGCACCCGGGCAACCCUCGGGGCUUGUGUUCCAUCUCGCUCUCGCUUCCUGCACGGUGGUCUAGGGGAACCACUCGGCAUCAUGUCCCGGUAUAGCUACCAAAGUCUCCUGGACUGGCUCUAUGGGGGCGUGGACCCCAGCUUUGCAGGCAAUGGGGGCCCCGACUGUGCUGCCUUCCUCUCUUGGCAGCAGCGGCUGCUGGAAAGUGUGGUGGUCCUGACCCUGGCCCUGUUGGAGAUCCUGGUGGCCCUGCGGCACAUCCUGAGGCAGACGAAGGAGGACGGUAGGGGUGGCCGUGGCUGCCAGCCAGAGCAGGUGACCCAGCGGCCAGAGGAAGGCAAGGAGAGCCUGAGCAAGAAUCUCCUCUUAGUAGCCCUGUGCCUGACCUUCGGGGUGGAGGUGGGCUUUAAGUUCGCCACCAAGACCGUCAUCUACCUGCUCAACCCCUGUCACCUGGUCACCAUGAUGCAUAUCUUUCUCCUGGCCUGCCCUCCAUGUCCUGGAGCUAUUGUCGUCUUCAAGCUGCAGAUGCAUAUGCUGAAUGGAGCACUUCUGGCUCUGCUGUUCCCGGUUGUAAAUACCAGGCUGCUCCCGUUCGAAUUGGAGAUUUACUACAUUCAGCAUGUUAUGCUCUACGUGGUACCCAUCUACCUGCUUUGGAAAGGAGGUGCUUACACCCCAGAGCCCCUCAGCAGUUUCCGGUGGGCCCUUCUCUCAACUGGCCUCAUGUUCUUUUACCACUUCAGCGUCUUGCAGAUCCUGGGCCUGGUCACCGAAGUGAAUUUGAACAACAUGCUGUGUCCGGCCAUCUCAGACCCAUUCUACGGCCCCUGGUAUCGCAUCUGGGCCUCGGGACACCAGACUCUCAUGACCAUGACCCACGGGAAGCUGGUCAUCCUGUUCUCAUACAUGGCUGGGCCCUUGUGUAAAUAUCUGCUGGAUUUGCUCCGGCUUCCAGCCAAGAAAAUAGACUGAAGGUGCUUGUUUUUUUUUUUUCUCCCUGAGGAAGCAAGUCCUGACUUGACUUGGAGAACACCCAGUUCUUGAUGAAAUCAUGGGGAGAGGGCAGUAGGGUGUUUGGUGUAUUUCUUUUUCCCUCCUCUCUGUCCCUUUCUUCCACCGCACUUCCUUCCCCAGCUCUUCCCCCCAGGACAUCUCCUGAAGCCUGGGGGGUGGUGUUGUGCCGAGGGCUGGGUUCUUCCUCCUCCCCUUUGGCUCUUCCUCCUGCUCCUAGUGGCCUUAUGUGGGCGACGGUAGUCAGUGGUGUUCACUCUGCUUGUUGGUGCUUUAACGACAGCUGAUUGAGGGGAUGGGGAACGACGAGCGGUAGUUCUCUGGACACUGAAAUGAUGACAUUGGGUUGAGUUUCAUUUGUCCACUGCCAGGGACCUCCAGGCUUAUGCCGGGGUCCCCCUUUUGUCUCCAGCACAGCCCCCACCAUAAUGGGACUGAGGCCUUGUUUCUAUACCAGCGGCAAGCCGAGAGCCAAGGGAUUUCCCAGCUCAUGGCCAAAAUAGAACCUGCCAGAGUCUUCCCACUGGUGUCCCAUGACUCAAAGCAAGCAGCCAACCAGCCACUCCCUCCGAGAUGCUGCCUGCCGUGGGAGGUGGGGGCGCUCCUUGGCCCCAGGGCUAGAUUCCGUUGAGGAGGAUGGAGAGCUGUUGCUGUUGUGAUGGCAGAUCCAAAGUGAACAAGUUUAAAAUACCCACGACUCUUACUAGGCAGGACCCUGGGUAAAUUCUGCCCGACAGAGCUGAGAAGUGACCCAUAUCCCGAUCAGAAGUGAGCGUUAGAAAUUAAUCAACGGAAGUGGUAACUUGAGAAAACUGUGAUUUGAAUCAUAUGCUCCAUUUUAGUUGAAUGUUUGAUAAUAGGUACCAUUUUAAUCUUGAGUUCCCCUUAAACGUUUCCAUCUCUCUCUCUCUCUCUCUCUCUCUCUCUCUCUCUCUCUCUAAAAGGCAGCUUCAGGGAAGGGUGAGCUAGAGUUGGGUUUUUUGCUUUUUGGUUUUCUUUUUUAAUUUGUUUGCUCCCUUGUUUUUGGAUGUUUGAACUCGGGGAAUCCUUGCGUCAGGGGCCUGUCUCUGCAGGGGCUCCUACCAUCCGUUCUGUGCUUUCACAGGCGAUGUCAGCAUCCUGGGUGGGGGGAGAUACAGAUCCUGCUGGUGUUGUUACCCUAGGGCCACAUGUCAUCACCUCAGCCAGAUUCCAUGCUGAAUUGUUUCGCAUAGGGGGCAUCACACACUCCCCCACCCUCCACCCGGCCCACCCCCAAAGCCCAUGUCUGGGUUGCAAAGGAGGUACCAAGAAAUCAGAUCCCCAUGGUGCAGGUUCAAGUGCUUCAAAAGGAAGACCUUUUGUCCAAAGACUUGAGCUGAGUCACACAAGGACUGCAAGGAGGGAACCAGUGACUGGGCAUUUGCUGACUCCUUGUGGGCUCUACCUAAGAACAGGUUUGCCUAAGAACAGAAAAGAAGGUUCAGUGACUUCCUCUGAUGCCCCCCCCCCACUCUAGGCAACCCGAUCGCCCUGGACUGGGUCCGGUAUUCCCGGUGUUACUGUAUUGUAAUAGACCUAGAUUGAGCGUCAGUGACUCAGUGGUCGUGAUCCAAGCAGACGGACCUCCAGAAGGCAGCAGGGUGCAGGAGAGUCUCUUGGAGCAAGGCGAGGCCUGGGAAGCAGCCGCGGGAGGGACCGCCCCUCCGUAGAGGCCUGCUGGCACGGAGAUGAUCAGUUCCCAGGACACGGGGGAGCCAGAGGGAGGACACCGAGUACUCUUACUCCCCUUGAGCUCCUCGUGACGCAUAGCCUUCAUUUUCUGCACCCCUGCAGAGGGCUUGGCCAAGUUUGUCUUAGUAUCUCUCACUGUCGGGUCAUCCUCCGGAAGGGGGUCCUUCAGCUGCUGUGCGUAGGGAUAGCCCAUAAGAAUAUGUGCAAGGCCUCCAUGCCCCUUGGCUCUUUAUAAAAGGAGAGGUUGAAAGGGAGGAGCCCCUGGAGGCAUGUCCUGUCCCCUUCUGGAACACGGAGUCUCUGCAGGCAGAUGGUCUGUGCCUCCGCUGGGGUCCAGCAGCCUGGGUGGGGCAGAUUCUCAGCUCGGAAUGCCACGGGGGUAGAGCAGCUCUGCACGCUUGCCCUUCCUCCCUGUUUCUGUGGCACAGGUGGCCAGUCAGCCCGGGCUUCCUGGCAGCGGCAUGCUCCUAGAAGCUCGCCUUUGACCUGGUUACAGCCCAGUGCCCCAUUCUGGCUGAUCGUCCCUGUGCUUGGAAGGAAAGAAGAAAGGGAAAGCCACGUGCCUGGCCAGGCCAGAGGCAGCUCCACCUGUCGGGAAGGGAGCGGUGGAGGUGCCUCUGGCCUGGCCAGGCACGUGGCUUUCCCUUUCUUCUUUCCUUCCAAGUGGAGGUGCGCUGUAGGGCCGAGGGGCUCGGAAGCAUGCAGACAGAGGGAAGAGAAAGCGAGCCCAGUCCGCAGGCUGUGUUCGAGGUGUUGGGGUGCAGCAAGCACCUGAUGUGGUCUGCACCUUUUACCUUGGAACCUGAGCCCACCUAAGGCAGCCUGCCUUGGAGGGUGCCCCCCUUCCUGGCGGCCCAUGCUUCCCAGCUCCUGCUUACGGCUCUCCUGGUGGGACCAAGGAGGUUCCCCAGCCACCUUGGCCACCUUUCCAGAUGCCAUUUGCCAGCAUGUGGGAGCUCACCGCGUGUGUGUCUGAGAGCGUUCGGAGAGGUGGACAGUUUCUUUUAAAACAGCCCCAGGAAGGUAAAGGAGUGCCUCUCCAGCCGCUUGGGUAGCGUCCGGCAAGGAUCUGGGCUGAUGAGAACGGUGCGCUUCGCUGGCCAGCUUGCGGCAGCAGCUCAGAAGAGCAGAGAUGGUCAUGCCUGCUUAUGCCCAUUCCUCUUCCCAGUAGUUGCUUCCGUACACCAAAGAUGGUCCGGCCCAUCUUCUUCCCAGAGGCCUGGGGACGCGAUCGUCUGUCCGCUUGGAGGCUGGGGGGACAGUUGGCUUACUUUGCCGUCUGCUGCCUCCAGCCUAGCCUCUGUCCGGGCUCUGCUCUCUGUGCUCCUUGCUGAUUCAGUGUUUUGUGGCGUGGGCACGGCUCCCCACCUGGAGGCAUGUCCUGUCCCCUUCUGGAACACGGAGUCUGUCUGUUGUCAGUCUGUCUCCGCGCACUGGCGUUGGGGUCCCGGUGCCCCCCAGGGCUGAGCUGGGUGGCUCAGGGUCGGGGGGGGUGGGGUACCAGAAAGCCCUUCCCCCCCUCCGUGGACCAAAAAGACCUCCCUGGAUUAGUAGCCAUUGAUCCAGAGUCCUCUGUCCUCUUUGGGAGACUGAAGGGGACUGGGCGGGGUGGGGGGAGACAAGAGGGACAAGGUGCGGUGCUGGUUUCGGGAGAUCAGGAGCAGGCAGAGGGAGGGUGUCCUUCGGGCCCUGGCACCCUCCUCAGCAGGCCCCUGCCUGGGGAGGGGUCCCCCACCGCAGCCCUGCCCUCUCAGAGGGGGUCGAGUCCGUGAGAGCAAGUGAGCCUUCUGUAUACAGAGUGAGCCAGUCCGUGCUCAGGAAAGCCUAGUCGCUUGCUGUUGCUCUGAUCUGUGACAUUUUUUUUUUUUUGUACACUGGUUUGCUCCUCGUGGCACGAAACAAAACAAAGCAAAAGUCGUCUCAAGCAAAGCUGUUGUUUUGGAAACUUGUUUUCUUUCGGUGUGAGUUUUGUACCAUAAGGAAUUCUUCAUUUAUAUCGGUGUUAUUGUGGUAGAGAGAAUAAGGUAGUCUCCUUUUUGCCGGGAAAUCGGCAGAUGCCUCUGACCCCGGGCCCCCCCUCCGUCCUUCCCCAUCCCCAGGUGGAUUUGAGGUGUACUAGGCGGACCCCUCCCUGGCACUCCUCCCCGCUCCCAGGGGCCCCCUUUAGAACCAGUUUUCGUUAAGCCCCCUAGACAGUGGCAGGGGGACUAUUUUUGGCCAAGCUGGUUCUCGGGUGCUCUGUGCCGCCCAUCCCCCCCCCAACCAGUUUGCUCACCUCCCAGGGCGUUUUGUAAUGCGUUUUCUCUGUUUUGUAAAAAACCUUUUGAUUGUACCGAAAUGGUUUCUGCAGUCACCUUUGGAAAUAAAUGGUCAUUAAUUUGUGUACCUAG